UUAAUAUCCUGCGAUUUUGAUUUUUUGUGGCCGGAAUGUUAUAAUUAUUGAAAUUAUAGUAUUGUUUUUUUAAGAGUCAAAGUUUAACAUUUCUGGUACUAUAAUCAUCACAAAUAAUAAUUCUAAAAAUCAAUUUCGCUUCAUAUCGACCCCAGUCCCACACGGCACCCUGUCAUGUAACUAUUGCCACAUUACAUAAAGCGUAUCUUGAACAUUAAAUAUUAGCACAAACAGUUGUAAUAAUGUUAAAAAUAAAAUUUUAUGUACACCUUCAUAAAUCCCAAAGUCAAAAGUCCACCUUUUCUCAGUUUAAAUAAUACAACACGUUCCAGUAGUCGUCCUAACCUCAAAGUGAGUGGUACACAUCUCCCCAUUUUUGGAUGCAUUAAAAGGCAGACAACAUGCCCGAAAGAUUGAAGAUCGACGAGCCCCUGUGGGACCAGAGCACGUUCGUGGGACGCUUCAAGCACUUCCUGUGGGUGACCGAUCCCAGAACUUGCGUCGUGAGUGAAGAAGCCCUAGACAACGCGAAAGUCCUCGUCGAGCAGUACCGGAAAGGAUCGGAACCUCCAGGCACGACCUUAGAGCAAAUAAUUUAUGCUAAGAAGUUGUAUGAGAGUGCUUUUCAUCCGGAUAGUGGGGAGAAGCAGAAUGUGUUUGGGAGGAUGUCGUUCCAGGUUCCCGGGGGUAUGGCUAUCACGGGAGCCAUGUUGCAGUGGUAUCGCACAGCCACCGCCGUGGUCUUCUGGCAGUGGGUUAACCAGUCCUUCAACGCUCUCGUCAAUUAUACCAACCGUAACGCAAAGUCCCCAACCACUACCACCCAACUCAUAGUGGCUUAUCUCUCGGCAACCGGUUCCGCCAUGGUGACCGCUCUAGGUUGCAAAUAUUACUGGACCAAACGCGCCAGUCCUUUCGUCCAAAGAUAUGUACCGUUCGCAGCAGUGGCGGCGGCAAAUUGCGUCAAUAUACCUCUGAUGAGACAGAACGAACUCAUCUAUGGGAUAGAUUGUUCCGACGCCAAUGGUAAUGUGGUGGCCCAGUCCAGAUUUGCGGCCGUCAAAGGGUUCACCCAGGUGGUGAUAUCCAGAAUCGUGAUGUGCGCCCCUGGGAUGUUGAUCCUUCCAGUUAUUAUGGAGAGGUUGGAGAAGUAUAGGUGGAUGCAGCGGAUCACUGUUUUGCACGGACCGUUCCAGGUGCUGGCAGUAGGGUGUUUCCUGUCGUUCAUGGUACCGACGGCCUGUGCGUUGUACCCUCAGAGAUGUUCGAUUAAUGCAACCACUUUGGAGUGGCUAGAGCCCGACGAGUACAAGAAACUGACAAAUAAAUGUGGUGCUAACAUUCCCGGGGUACUCUACUUCAACAAGGGUCUCUAAACGACAAUAACCGAAUGUGGCAUAAAAAUAGUAAAUAUUAGAUAUUCAGGUAUAGCUUUCAAGAAAAGUAUACGUAUUUUAGAAAACCCAGGCGAAUCUCUUAAAUUAUAUUGAUUUAAAUGUCAGCAAUAUGUCUAUAUUUUACAACACUUAAGUACGUGUGUAUUCUUAGGUAAUAAGUAAGCAAUAAUUUAUGACUCUUAUUUAUCAAUUUUAUUGUUGAUUGUGUUGUUUACAAAAAUAUUACAAAAAGUAUUUAAAUACAAGCAUUUUAAUUCAUGUAAAACGGACAUUUCCACAAUACUAACACUCCAGCUGCAAUAGAAAAAUGUCAAUGGCAGUCACAGGGAUAACAAUAUGUACAGUUAAUAACAAUAUACAAUAAAACAUUUUAACAUUAACAAUUGCCUGCACACCCAUUAAAAUAAACAGUGAAAAUUGAA